AUGACGUGGCGCGGAGGUCCUGCCGCGAAUGCCGUCAUUUCAACGGGCGGUGACAAACAACCGAAGUACAUGUGUUACCCACUUCCAGUCAUGAACCGUGCCAUUUUGUCGUUGUGCCGUCAAGUUCCAUUGAUGCGACGUGCGCUGCACAAAGGAGUCGACUCAACGCCACCUCUGCGUUUUACCUCAGUCACAGAAAGGGUAUCGCUGUUUCUGCUGAUAUCAGUGACCUUCCUUUCGUAUCCCACAUACGUUCUGCUCAAUUUGAACAAUCUUCGUCCUAAGCCUGACAACUCACUCAGUCCAGAAGUACAGGAACAAAUCGAUGCUAUGCGAAGUGCGCGCAAGUAG